AUGAUGCUGCAUGUUCAGUGGCUAUCCGAACAAAGCACUGCUUAUUAAGUAGGUCGUUCUGAAUUGGACUCACUGGCUGUUUUGUUUCCAUAAUGGGCCUUGUGUCUUACCUUCUUCUUCUUCUUCAGCGUCGCUUACUGUGGAUCGUUUCUCUCCUUCUUUGUAUUCAUCGUUUACUUUUUGUACGCUUUCUUCUUCAUUACUGGCGAGCAAUCGCUCGUCGUGAAUAUAGAGUGGUAUAUACACCACUAACUUUUUCUUUCGUCGUGCACGCAAGUCUUUGUUUUUCUGUUGGUUAUACAUCGAUAUCUUUGACUCUGCCGCCAUUUUAGCCUUUCGUCCUCUUUUUGCUUGGCACUGAUUCUCCUCUUUUUUGUGGUCUGUCAUCAUGUUGAUGUUGUUGAGUGAAUCAGCAAUAAUAGAAUGGUAAAAAGCCAGAUUUUUUUCUUUUUUUUUCAUCUUUUUUUUUUCUAAUUUGGAAGCGUUUUCCUUUUU